CACUCACACAUAAGCCUAGCCCCGACAUUGCCGUGGCAAUCAUAGUCCUACUUAAAUUCAAAAUUCCCCCCUCUUUCCGGCAUGGCUCAUAGAGUGAAGCCGCGCUGCGAUGAUUUCGAUGUCAUUGGGGCCGUACCGCGUGAUUUAUCAAUAAUCAAGAAUUUCCUAAAACGCGACUGUGCCGUUAAACGUUUAAUUGAAAUUGAAGAGGACUUUUUGCAAAAGUGUGUGGAGCGCAAUGCUAAGAUAUUGAAAGAUGAACAGCAGUCUAAAAAUAAGAAGAAAAAGAGGAACUCAGUGCAGGCAGCUGAUAAGCCAGCCGAGGAACAACCGCCGGCAGAUCCUUGCCAGAGUGCAACUGUCGCUGAUGGCCAAGGACCAGACUACUGUGAUCCCUGUCGUCGACUUAAGACCUCGGUGGUUAUCGAAGAGCUAACACCACCGGCCAAGACAAAUCCAGUUUAUAAAAGUCUGUUAGCCUCACCGCAACCAUACUUUGAUGAAGAAACUGUACUGGGCAGUGUCCAGCCGGUCAAGUUUCGCUUUCGGCGCAAGGCAAAUGCCUGCGACUACGAGAAACCCUCAAAUCUGAUGUGCACACCCACCGAGAACACCAACGUGGUCGUGCUGACCAACUGUUGCGACAUUAUGGUUUGGCCUAGUCAGCGCGUCGGUCAGAUGAAUCGUGUGCCCGUAACCCUACUAUCCGGUCCGGGUGAUUUAACUGAGUAUAUGCUGGAGGAGGAGACUAUUAUGUAGCCUUUUUUAUUACCCUUUUUUUCGGAACUUUCAGGACGAGUGUUUGACGCUUUCAGAUGACUUAGCUAAGAAACAUAAGUUUUUCUUUUUUUUUUUUUCUUCUUUGAGAAGCCCAGCAGUUACUUUCUGAUUGAUUGUAGCAUAAAGAACUUGUACG